AUGUCUGAAGUACGAUCAAGAAAUUCUACAUCAACAGGAGAUAUAAAUAUAUUAUUAUUGGGUCAAACAGGUGUUGGAAAAACAACUUUUAUUAAUGCAUUUGCUAAUUAUCUUGUUUAUAAUUCAUUUGAUGAAGCUAUUAAUGGAAAAUUACAAGAAGUAAUUCCAGCAUGGUUUACAAUUUUGGAUAAAAAUACAUUUGAAGAAAAAACAAUAAUAAUUGGUGCACCAGAUGAAAGUGAAAAAAAGGGUCAUGUAGGUCAAUCAUGUACAAGAGAAUGUCGAAGUUUUGUAUUUCAAAUUAAUAAUAGAAAAUUACGUUUAAUUGAUGCACCAGGUAUCGGUGAUACUGAAGGUGUUUUACAAGAUGAAAAAAAUUUUGAAGAUAUUCUUGCUUAUAUAAGUCAAUUUGAUUAUUUAAAUGGAAUAUGUAUUUUAUUAAAACCAAAUGAAGAAAGAUUACAUAUUUUAUUUCGUUUUUGUAUUAAAGAAUUACUUAGACAUUUACAUAUUCAUGCUAAAGAAAAUAUUAUGUUUAUAUUUACAAAUGCUCGAUCAACUAGUUUUCAACCUGGUCCAUCAGCUCCACUUCUUCGACAACUUCUUCAAAAUGUUAAAUCUCAAUCAAAUACUGAAAUACCAUUUUCAAAAGAAAAUUCAUUUUUAUUCGAUAAUGAAGCAUUUCGAUUUUUAGCAUUAUGUAAAAAUGGAAUUGAAUUUAGUCUUGAAGAAAAAAAAGAUUAUAGUAGAAGUUGGGAUUAUAGUAUUCGUGAAUUUAGUCGUCUUAUAUCUCGUAUAAUUAAAUGUGAUAAACAUGCUACACGUGAUACACUUUCACUUAAUGAAGCACAACAAUUAAUUCGAAAACUUUCGAGACCUGUUGGUGAAAUUACUACACUUAUUCAAGAAAAUCUUCAAUUAGCUGAACAACAUAAAAAAAAUAUUAUAUCAAAUCGUACUCCAACACCGCAGAUUUUACAACAAAAAGAUGCAGAAAUUAUACCACUUGGAUAUCCAAGAACAGUAUGUACAAAUAAUAAAUGUACGAAAGUAAUUACAAUUAAUGGUAUAGAAACAGUUGAUUAUGCAAGUCAUUGUCAUCCACAUUGUUAUCUUACUGGAAUUGAACAGGAGAUUAUUGGUCAUGAAAAAUUAAAAGAUUGUACUUCUAUGAAUAAAUUAUUCGAUACUUGUAAUAAAUGUGGUUGUAUGAGAAAAGAACAUAUGCAUAUAACUUAUGAAGUUCGUAAAUUUAUUACUAAUAUUGAAAUGAAUAGUAAGAAUAAAAUACAAUCUCCAAUCGAUGGAAUUGAACAACGUAUUAAAGAUUUAAAAACAGAACAAGAAGCUAUUAUUAAAGUUUGUACUCAAUUAACACAAUUUCUUCGUGCUAAUGCACUUAAUCCAAUAAAUGAUGAUAUUUUGGAAUAUAUUGAACAUUUUAUUCGAGAAGAAAAAACAAAAAAAAGUGCUGGAGUUCAAAAUGAUGAUGUUAUUGCUGGUUUAGAAAAAUUAUUAGUUGAUUAUAAACAUGAAAUUGAUAUUCUUCAACAAGCAAUGAAAAUGACGUCAACAACAAUAUCCAAUAAUUUAUCUGAUUCUACUGAUAUUAUUAAACCAGAACAAAUAUUUCUUCUAGUAGGUUCUCUUUAUCGAUUACCAAUCAAUGGUGAUAAAAUUCGAGAACAAGUCGAAGGAUUAAAAUGCAUGCAAUCUAAAUUUACUCAAAAUAGAGAAUAUGUUGUUAAUUUACCAGUAGAAGCCGAUUCUUCAUCAGUAAUGGCAGAUUUAAAAAAUAUUCUUUAA